AUGGAUAGUGCACCUUACAUUGCUCAAAAUCCCGAGGAGGUCAAGAACUUGAUUCUUGCCCUUGAACAGGCAUGUGACCGGAAGAAGAAGGGGGGAUUUUCUUGCAAAAAGACGUCUUUUCAUGUCAAGGACUCCCCCACAGGUCUGAAGGUAGACUCAUGGAAGAUGCACGACUGGGACUACAAACGCCGGGAUCUCCCAACCUAUGCGCGAGGCCUCUUCACAUCCAGGCUGCGAAAUGGCAACAAGGAGAUCUCAGUUCGAGGUUACGACAAGUUUUUCAAUACCGACGAGGUGGAGGAGACCAAAUGGCCUAAUAUUCUUACCCGAACAAAGGCUCCUUAUGAGCUGACACUCAAGGAGAACGGGUGUAUCAUUUUCAUUGCCGGCCUUGAAGAUGAUACACUUAUUGUGUGCAGCAAGCACUCAACCGGAGAUCGAGGUGAUGUAGAGCUGAGCCAUGCCAGUGCUGGUGAGCGCCUAUUGGAAAAGCAACUUGCUGCUCUUGGCAAGACCAAGGUUGAUCUAGCCCGGGAACUGCGAAAGAGAAACAUCACAGCGGUUGCCGAGCUGUGUGAUGACAGCUUUGAAGAGCACAUUCUGGCUUAUGGACCUGAAAAGGCUGGUCUGUAUCUACAUGGCAUCAACCUCAAUUUGCCCCAGUUCGCUACAUACCCAAGCGCAGCCGUCCAAGAAUUCGCCGAUCUGUGGGGAUUUGUCAAGACCGGGUUGAUUGUCAUGGACGACAUCAACGAAGUGAAGACCUUCCUUGAACAGGUCGCUGAGACCGGUGCCCACGAUGGCCGUAACGUGGAAGGCUUUGUGAUCCGAACCAAGAUGACACACCACCCUGAUGUCCCCGCCCGGGAUUGGUUUUUCAAGUACAAGUUCGAAGAGCCCUACUUGAUGUACCGCCAAUGGAGAGAAUGCACCAAGGCACUUAUCAAUGGCAAGCAGCCCAAGAUACGGAAACAUGUUAAGAUCACGGAAGAGUAUCUUCUCUAUGCCAAGAGGCGCCUGGCCAAGGAUCCUAAGCUUGGAAAGGAAUAUAAUAAGAACCACGGCAUUAUUGCCUUGCGGGAUGAUUUCCUCAAAUUCAAGAACUUGAAUGGUUCCGACGCCGCCAACAUGGACGAGUUGGAUGCUGUCAUCAUGCCCAAUGUAACCAAGGAUGUGAUCAUCAGCCCUAUUGCAACAAUUGGCUGCGGAAAAACCACUCUGGCUCUGGCAUUGGAGCACCUCUUCGGAUGGGGCAUUGUACAGAAUGACAAUAUUUCCGGCAAGGGUCGACCUCCUCGAUUUGUGAAAGCAGUUCUAGGGCAGUUGAAGAACCACCCCGUGGUUUUUGCCGAUCGCAACAAUGCUUCCAAGCACGAGCGAAAACAGAUACUUGAUGAUGUCAAGUCCCAACAUAAAACGGCCAAGAUGGUCUGCUUCAGCUUCCGACACGACGAGGAUACCAUCGAAGAAAUUCGACGGGUUACACAGGAAAGAGUGAUGGAACGAGGCGACAACCAUCAAACGAUCCACAUCUCAACAGACAAGGACAAAUUCAUCGGUGUAAUGGAAAGCUUCCUCAAUCGCUUCGAACCCUGCACCCCUCAUGUCCGCCCAGAUGAUGGAUUCGACGUGGUAAUUGAGCUCGACCCUACUCUGGCCAGCAGAGAGAAUCUCGAAACAGCUGUGGUUGGGUUGAAGAAAUACUUCCCCGACUUGAUCGGCGAACUGCCCACGGCUGAACAAUACGACGCUGCCAUGGAACACGCCCUUGGGUACCGGCCAGAUUUCAAACACAACAUCCCAGACCGAGGAAAGAACAAGAAGGAGGACCAGAAGGGCCAGCAGGCACCUGCCAAGAAGAAUAGGCGGAACUUUGAGUAUAUGUCGGUAGCCGUUCCGAGCCAGCGUAUCAGUGUGAUGCUCGACAAGGCUUUCCAAAAUACCGACCCAGAGACUUCUCGGUUUUACAUGCAGUUGAAGCAGACUCGGCGAGUUCAAGCCAAGUUCCAUGUCACCCUCCUCCAUAGAGCCAUGUCAAAAGAAUACCCUGAGCUUUGGGAGAAGUAUUCCAUCCUGCAGAAGUGGGGAGAGGAUCAGGGCAAACCUGAGGACAAGGUCGGCAUCUGCGACGUGAUGCUUGAGCGAGUGGUAUUUGAUGACAGGAUCAUGGCGAUUGUCGUUCGAAUUAGUGAUGAGCACGACGAAUGGAAAUGUGUGAACCGAGUGGCACACAUCACAGUCGGCACCCGCGACAGCACUGUAAAACCAAAGGAGAGCAACGAUUUGCUCGCCAAGUGGCUUGACGAAGGCAUUACGGAGGGAAACAAGAUCAAGACGGUGGUGUUCGAGGAGAAGCCCACGGUGGUGGGAGAAGUGAAGCCGGUGUUGUCAAUUCGUUAG